CAACAUCAUGUUCUCAAUCACCCUUUUAAUCAAAUGCCCAAAGUGCUUGAUUCCUUCUUGAGUUUUCCUUUGAAGGUUCAAAGUUGAAGGCUGUCAGAAACCCCAGAAUGGAGUAUAACCAUUUGAAAACACUGUCAGAAACUUUGUGACCAUGAUAACCUCAAGAACUUGACAGUAUUCAGACUGGAACUCACUGGCCACAUGAUCAUCAAUGGCCAGGAAGCUCAGGGCCUUGAAAAUCAGAGAAAUGGAAGAUAUUUUUGUACCCAUCUUGAAAAACUGCCCCAACAUAGUAGAAUUGAAGAAAAUCCAUGCCCACAUAGUCAAGUUUUCACUCUCACAAAGUAGCUUUUUGGUGACAAAAAUGGUGGAUGUGUGUAAUCACCAUGCAGAAACAGAGUAUGCGAAUUUGUUAUUCAAAAGGGUGGCUGACCCAAAUGCUUUCUUGUACAAUGCAAUGAUCAGAGCUUAUAAGCAUAACAAAGUUUACGUCCUAGCAAUCACUGUUUACAAGCAAAUGCUAGGACACUCCCAUGGUGAAAACCCCAUUUUUCCUGACAAAUUCACCUUCCCAUUUGUUGUUAAAUCAUGUGCGGGGCUUAUGUGUUAUGAUCUGGGAAAGCAAGUUCAUGGGCAUGUGUUCAAAUUUGGGCAAAAGUCCAAUACAGUCGUUGAAAAUUCACUUGUGGAAAUGUAUGUAAAAUGUGAUAGCUUGGAUGAUGCCCAUAAGGUGUUUGAGGAAAUGACUGAAAGAGAUGCAGUUUCUUGGAAUACCCUCAUUUCAGGGCAUGUUAGAUUAGGGCAGAUGAGAAGGGCAAGAGCUAUCUUUGAGGAGAUGCAGGACAAGACCAUUUUUUCUUGGACAGCUAUCGUUUCCGGGUAUGCUCGAAUUGGGUGCUAUGCAGAUGCAUUGGAAUUUUUCCGGAGAAUGCAAAUGGUGGGUAUUGAGCCUGAUGAGAUCAGUCUUGUUUCUGUUUUACCAGCUUGUGCCCAGCUGGGAGCUCUUGAGUUAGGGAAAUGGAUACAUUUUUAUGCAGAUAAAGCCGGGUUUUUGCGCAACAUUUGUGUUUGUAAUGCUUUGAUCGAAAUGUAUGCAAAAUGUGGAAGUAUAGAUGAAGGGCGUCGCUUGUUUGAUCAGAUGAAUGAGAGGGAUGUGAUAUCUUGGAGUACGAUGAUAGUAGGGCUAGCAAAUCAUGGAAGAGCUCAUGAAGCUAUUGAAUUGUUUCAAGAAAUGCAGAAGGCAAAGAUUGAACCCAACAUCAUCACCUUUGUCGGUCUUUUAUCAGCUUGUGCCCAUGCUGGCCUUUUGAAUGAGGGAUUGAGGUACUUCGAGUCCAUGAAAAGGGAUUACAAUAUAGAACCAGGGGUUGAGCAUUAUGGUUGUUUGGUCAAUCUUCUUGGUCUUUCUGGGCGCCUUGAUCAGGCUCUUGAACUCAUAAAGAAGAUGCCAAUGAAGCCGGAUUCGGCUAUUUGGGGUUCGUUAUUGAGUUCCUGCAGAAGUCACAGCAAUCUCGAGAUUGCAGUCAUUGCAAUGGAGCAUCUGCUAGAGCUUGAACCAGCCGAUACAGGGAACUAUGUCUUGCUUUCAAAUCUUUAUGCAGACUUGGGAAAGUGGGAUGGUGUAUCGAGGAUGAGGAAACUCAUGAGAAGUAAGAGCAUGAAGAAGACACCAGGGUGCAGUUCAAUUGAGGUGGACAAUAUGGUUCAAGAAUUUGCAUCAGGUGAUGAUUCAAAACCAUUUUCCAAAGCUAUAUAUAGGGUACUAAAGCUGCUGGUUAUGCAUCAGAGAAGAAUGGAUGAUGAUAUCAUCGAAAUUAUGGUUCAUGACAUAAGUUAGUUCUGUUUUAAAAUCAAGACAGUCUGGUGGGAUGAAAUGCUAUCUAUAUCCACCAGCAUGAUUGUUUCUGGGCAAUUUCAUUAACUGUGGCUCAUAUACCCAGAGCCCGCAAUGGCUCUAAAUAACAAGCAUAACGUGCUUCGUAA